AUGGCAGACACCUCUCUCAAUCCCGCUUCGCCGCCAUUCUUCACAGCUCUAGACCCCUCGCAGCUGCGGUCAAGAUCAGAUUUCGCGCAAGCAUGCCUCUCCCUUCUAAACCCUCUCCUUCCCUUCUUCUCCCCACACUCCACCCGCCUGCGACUGGGUGCCACUGGCACCCGUUUCGACGAGUCCGCGGCGCAGCUGGAAGGCUUCUCGCGCUCUAUGUGGGGCGUUGGCUCUUUGUUGGCGUGCGAAACGCCGACCCUCGCACCAACUCCGACCAGCGACGCCAACGGCGGCAGUCCGCCCCACAGCGACCUCUUCCCGUGCUACGCACACUGGCUGGAGGGUCUGCGGAAUGGGACCGAACCGUCCCAUCCCGAGUUCUGGGGCUGGUGCGAGGACAGCGACCAGCGCAUGGUGGAGAUGUGUCCGCUCGCGUGGGGAUUACUGGUAAGCCCGCAGUGGUUCUGGGAGCCGUUGACGCGAGAAGAGAGGGGAAAUGUGGUGAUGUGGUUGGGAAGUGUCAAUCGAAAGGGGAUGCCGGAUACGAAUUGGUUGUGGUUUCGUGUUAUGGCAAACUUGGCGAUUUGGAAGUGUGCUGGGGAGGGCAGGCCGGGUGGUGGUACUGACGAUGGUGAGGAAGUGGUGCAGGUCGACGAGGAGCAGAUGAGCCGAGAUCUGAACCGGCUGGAGAGCUUCUAUAGAGGCCAAGGGUGGAGUAAUGAUGGGCCAGAAGGGUAUACGCAGAUGGAUUACUACUCUGGGAGCUUUGCAAUACAGCUGUUGCAGUUGAUCUACGUGAAAAUUAGGGGUGGGGUGGAUCCGGAGAGGGCGGAGAGGUAUAGGGGGUGGGCGAGGGAGUUUGCGGUUGGGUUCGUGCGAUAUUUUGAUGAACAGGGUCGAGCAAUAACCUUCGGCCGCUCUCUGACCUACCGCUUCGCGAUGGCAGGCUUCUGGUCGGCAGUCGCGUACGCGGAUCUCGAACUGCCUGCGCCGCUCACUUGGGGUGUCGUCAAGGGCCUCCUGCUCAGGAAUCUACGCUGGUGGACCAUGCAGAAAGACAUGUUGACGUCACAGGGCACGCUCAGUAUUGGAUACAGCUACCCAAACCAGUUCCUGUCGGAGAACUACAAUUCGCCGGGCUCGCCGUACUGGUUCAUGCUGAGUUUUGUGGCGUUGGCGUGUCCGGAGGAGCAUCCCUUCUGGCAGGCGGAGGAGGAGGCUUACCCGCAAUUGGACCAGCUGGGCGGUCAUGUGGUGGUGAUGAAGGAGCCAAAACAGAUACUGUGCAAUAAAGGACACACCUUCUUGUUGAGCUCAGGGCAGCAGUGCCACUACCCGAUGAGGGCAGCAGAGAGUAAGUAUGGGAAGUUUGCUUACAGCUCGGCGUUCGGGUAUGGUGUGCCGACAGGAGGGUAUUUCGUGAAUGCGAUCGGAGGGGAUAAUAUGCUUGCUCUUUCGGAUGACGAAGGUGAGACGUGGAAGGUCAGGAGGGUGGCGUUGAGUGUGAGGAUUGAGGAGAGGGAAGGGUUGCCUGUGCUCAUAUCGGAGUGGAAGCCGUGGAAGGAUGUGCUCGUGGAGACGACUUUGGUGCCUCCGUCGGCUGGAUAUCCGAACUGGCACCUAAGGAUGCACAGGAUCAGGACUGGGAGGGCGCUGAUGCUUAGCGAGGGCGGGUUCGCAAUGGCUGGUGAGAAGAGGGCGGAUGGAAGGAUGCUGAAUAUUGGUAUUGCCGAGAACGAAGGGCGUGAGCAAUCCGACCAAGAAGCAGUUGCUGUGUCGAUAGUUGGCGUUGUUGGAAUACGAGAGCUCGGAACGAGACAGAGGAAAGGCGAAGUCAUUGAUGAAGAUGCUAACAGCAACUUACUAGCCAGCAGAACAGUCCUUCCGACACUGACUGUAAGUAUGGAUGCUGCUGAGGAGACAGCAACGUUCAUCACAGCCAUCUACGCUGUGCCAGCGUCAGCUUCAGCAUGGCGAUCAUCCUGGCAGGAGGCGUGGAACCAGCCACCGAAAGUGCCCGAGUGGCUUCAGGCUAAUCUUGGUACUUCAUGA